AUGACCGCUGAUUCCUGCUCGACGUGCUGCGCAGUUUUCUCCAUUCUGGGUAUUGUCCACCUCCUCCUGUUUGGCGGCAUGUUUCGCUCACGCGCAGUUUCGUUCCACAUCACAAGUGUAGAAAAUGGCUGGGACAUCGAUGAGAAGGCACGUGCCUGCUUCAACGGCGCUAUUUUCUACGGUCUGACGCUUUUUGUAUCGGUCGUGGCGCGCAUAUAUAUACGGCGAAGUGCGGCCGCGAAGCAGGCACUGCUGGAGGAGCAGCGACGCCGCGAGCUGGCGGAGAUGUCGGUGAAGUAG